GCGGGGUGGGGAGGGUCCCCUGCCGAGGCUCGGCUUGUCCUGGGCCCGGCUCUCAAGGACCUUCCUCAGCGCGUCCAUUUCAGCGCCGCGAUCAGCGCCUUUUCUUUUUAACGUGCGGGGAGGGAGGGGCUGGCAGAGCGGGUGCCUGGUCUGGCGUUUGCAGAGGCAGGAAGAAGCCCGGAGCUAGCCGAAGGGAGGGCGCCUGGCAUGGCUGGCACUGCCGCAGCCCGAGUUUAGGGCCCCCCUCCCCCCUCCAUUCAAAGCACCCUGGCUGAGGGCCCGGUUUGGGCCAGUCUCGCGGCUCCGCUUGGCCGUCAAGCCGAGAGAUGGACAGGGAGGACGGGCGCCUCUUCCAGAACUUGAUUCCUGUUUUCCCACCGACUUAAGUGUGCUUCGCUAGCCCCAGCCCCCCAAACCCUGAUGAGGUUCUGGAUGGAUUUUGGGGUGCUGGCGAGGAAACGGACGAGUGUAGCCUGCUUCGGAGGUCUCCGCGUCUUGGGGGAAACUCAAUACAGUGUCCUUCGAGGGAAGAACCAGGUUCCGGGUGAAGCGGGGCCGAGGGGCCACGAUGAGAGCAGCCGAACAUUGUGGGGGCUCAGAAGCCAGUGCAGCCCCUCCACACUUUCCGAGCGUUUCCCAUAAGAAGACACCUACAUGGAGUCUGCCUGCAGCAGCGGCGCCUUUUUACGUAGAAGCACAAUUUCCCUUUUAUUUAUGGCUUCCAAACCCACCAAACUCAAAUGAGAAAAACGGGCACCUCCCUUUAGAGGGUGGCCCAUGCCGCUUUUCUGGCUGGAUAGUCGGCAGAACAUCCUGCAGAGCCCGCUUCUAUGCCACCCAAAGACCUUCUGCAGCCCGGUGCGCUGCUCUGGUCUGUCCUGUUGGCAGAACUCGGGCCGAGUCCAUCAAUAAAGGCAACACCGAUAACCCAGUUUGUAGUUUAGGCAGCCCGGAAGAAUCCUGGAUGAAAACAAGGCUGCGCUUUGAGUAGAGGAUGCCAAGAGCCGGAAUCUCGGCUCGAGGACUUCCUUUGACCUCCUCAGUUAUUCGGAGCACCAAAGUGAGGCCGACUCGAAAGGGUUAAACACUCUUUCUCAUGACCAGGUGGUGCCAUAGCUAGUCCGAGCAGCGGGUUUUGUCUUGCUGUAUCAAGUAUGGAUUGUCCAGUGGUUUGAGGUGAAUUGUUUUUAGAUUUCAGAGAAGUUUAGUCUCAUUAAAGCUCACCUUCAUUUUUUUAAGGUUGAGGGUGCUCUGUUUGAUAUAGUAAGAGUUUGAAAGCGCAGCAUGUAUUUAUUUACUAACAGAAUUUUUCACGUUUGGUGCCUUAAAAAUUAAAUGUUUUUGUCAGCAUCUGAGAUUUUGAUUCUCCUUCACGUGAUUUCUUCGAAGUCUUAGAAUACAAAGAACUUUAGAACUAAUUGAGAAUUCGCCUUUAAAGAAUUGACUUAAAAAAUACUGACUAAUCUACAGCCCUUGUGAGUCUUCACAAUAGGGUUUAAAACGUAGAUAUUGUUUUGGGAUGUUAAAUGAUUAUUCCUGUGUCAGCCUCACAGUGUCUUCAUAGACCCUGAGCUCAUCCUUUGGGGGGCGUGUGUGCCGAGUGGGGUACGUGCCUCUUUGAGGACUCUUCUGUUAAUGGAUCCCUAUUGAUUUCUUAGGGAAUGCUCUUUACUCCUCCUUCUGUGGGUAGUUUUAAAUGGAGGAUAGACUCUGAAGUCUGGUUUGGGGAGGGGGCAUCGGGAUUGGUUCUUCAAUCUGGCUUAAAAGAGGAAACAUCCUGGGUCUGAAACACUUGACAAGUAGGCUUUUCUCUAAUCCGUGGGCCUUGGAGAGAUGGACGUCCUUUUCUUAUCCCUUUUGGUGCUUCAGGUGUCUCUGCAGCCUGUCUGUCUUCAGCCUUAGCAGCCUCUUCUUGGGGACUUUAAACCUUUGCUGGCUUCUGGUCUGCAUCUUUGCACAUUUCCCCCCUUUUUUCCUAAUGAGCUUUGUUUGCCUCUUCAGUUCCACCCCCUGUGCCUUCUGUGCUGUUGUUGAAUUCCUUUUUCAGGAGUCUGGUGGCUUUUCCCAUCGUUAGACUUUUCCAUUCUUAGCCGUUUCCAGGAUAAUGUCACAGUGUUUUGUGUCUACUUCCACAUGGUUGUUGCAUGAUUUCUCGUAGUUCUGGGCAUUAAAUCUUAUCUGUCUCUAUAGCUAUGCCUUUUUUUCCUGCACCAUUUUGCCUAUUGCCUAAGGUGCUGUUCUUCCCCCAGUGUUGUCUUUGUGUCUGUCAUGGAGUCAUAGAUGGCAAGUUCUAAGCAGUGACUAAACAAGCCCUCUAUUACUCAGGAGCAUUUAAAAUAGGAUAGGUGGAUUUGGAAGCAGUGCUCACGUUCAACUGUGCCUCUUCCUCUUAUUACCUUGGUCAGGUCUCAUAGCCUCAUUGAGCCUCAGUUUCUUUAUCUGUAAAAUGAGGGAGCUGAACGAGAUGACCUCUGAGUUCUCUUCCAGUCCUAAGUCAAUGAUCUUAUAAUCAUGGUAUUUUUUCUCCCUUUCCUAUCAUCAGAUGUCCUUUGCUUCAUCAAGGGAGCUUUUCCAUCUAUCACAAGUUCACUUCAGUAGUUCUUAAAGGGAAGGAAGGAAACUAGUAUUUAUUAAGGGCCUCCUAUAGUCCAGCUAUUUUAAAAAUAUUGCCUCAUUUGAUCCCCACACAACCUUGGGAGCUUGUUGCUACUAUGAUCAUCAUCAUUUUACAGUUGGGGUGACUGAGGCAGACAUGGGUUAAGUGACUUACCCAGGGGGACACAGCUAGUUAGUAUCUGAGGCUGGAUUUGAACUCAGAUUUUUCUGGCUCGUCUGUCUUCUGUACCAGUUCUGCUCAGAGAUGACGCGUUCCUGGGACUCGAUGGCACUCUUUUCCCUUUCCUGCUCUAAGAGUCAGUCUCGUGGAGAGUGCUCAUUCUUGUACUCUCCUGUGAUAUUUUCAGUAGGGUGAAAUGAGAGCUUUUUUUAAAAGCUCUGUAAUGACUUAUUACUCAGCAUUCAGUGACACACAAUAAUGAGUCAUGUCAUAAAGGAAUAAAAAGGCAGGACAAUAGCGAGUGCUUCCUCGCGUUCACCUUGUUCUUGGUGUUCUCUUGGUGUUCUAUUUUUAGCUGGCUGAGGCAGUCCGAGGUGUAAUCAGUUACUGUGGUUUAUUUACCAUGAAAUUACCGACCAUCGCCUGCCGUCAUCGGGCUCGAGCCCCUAGGACCCUCUGAUUGUCUUCUUCCCUUCCACAAAUUAUAACAAAAAGUCAAGAAUUGAGUUCAAAUGGGUGUGCCGGCUGGUCCUUACAAUGGAAAUGGACAUUAAUGGCGACUCCAGAAGUACCCUCUCUACCCUUCCUUUACCUGUGUCCGAGGUAGGUUCCCCGGGGAAAGCGGAGACGGAAAAGCCUCGCUGCUCUAGCACUCCCUGCUCACCCAUGAGACGGACCGUGUCGGGUUAUCAGAUCCUUCAUAUGGAUUCUAACUACUUGGUUGGCUUCACCACGGGGGAGGAGCUCUUAAAGUUAGCCCAGAAGUGCACAGGCGGGGAAGAGAACAAGGGGGAGGCGGCGCCCACCGUGCGCUCCAAACAGCUCGAAACGGGACUCGCGCGCUCCUCUCGACUGUACAAAACCCGGAGUAGGUACUACCAGCCCUACGAAAUCCCUGCUGUGAACGGAAGGCGGCGCCGGCGCAUGCCCAGCUCAGGAGAUAAGUGCACUAAGGCUUUACCUUAUGAACCGUAUAAGGCUCUCCAUGGCCCCUUACCUCUCUGUCUCCUCAAAGGGAAGAGGGCCCAUUCCAAAUCCCUGGACUACCUCAAUCUAGACAAAAUGAGCAUCAAGGAGCCGGCUGACACGGAAGUGCUGCAGUAUCAGCUUCAGCACCUGACCCUGCGAGGGGACCGGAUGUUUGCUAGGAAUAACACAUGAAUCGCUCUGAGGGAGGGUCAGCGAAUUCUGGGUUGGCGUCACUUGGCUGCAAACAUCCGCUCUUGUACUGUAGAAGUGAAUCUCCGGCAUUCCAGGAGGUGAUUCUCAGCUAAGUGUUCUUGAAGGGACAACGAUGAUGACGACAACAUAAUUUGAAUAAAAAUUUGAAUAUGGAAGCAAAAUGACAGGUAUCUGGGGGGAAAGUUAUUCUAGAAAAAAUGAUCUCUAAGAAAACCGGAGUGACUUUCAUUGGUAGGCAUUACUUUGGGUAACUAUUUAGGUAGCAAAAGCAGACUUCAAUAGAUAAAUAUAAAGUCUUUACGAUGCUUUGAAAUGCAACUUGGAGGUAAGGGAUCUGCCUAGUUGUUGCUAACUCGGUAUGACAUACUGGAAAUUUAUAUCAGAUAAGUACUCGAUGACUUCUUGAUUUCUUUCUGUAUUUUACUAUGAUAUAUAGAGUAUAUAUGUAUGGUAAUGAUAUGUUUUUGAAAUUGAGAACCUGAAUAUUGCUGUAUUGGACCACUUUUUAUUUUUAAAAGUUCAGUUGAAAUGUUUUCUAACUGAUUUUGCACUGGAAAAAAUAACAUUUCAGGUGGACAAGAAAAUCUUUUUUCACUUGUUUCCAUAAUGUUAUUGAACGAUUUAAAAAAAUUUCCUCUUGGAAAUUCCUCGAUCUUCCCUACUGUUGUAAAAUAUUUCUUUAACAUAUAUCUUAAUAAAAUUAAGUUUGAGAUACAAACUAUUUAUUUUACCAUUUAUGAGGGUAGACCUUGCCAGGAAGCUUACGGUAGGAGGCUUCCCAAGUUGAAUUAAGUUCUUGUUGCUUCCAAAUUUCUGAUUUAAAAUUCACCUGAAACAUCAUGAGGUACAGGAUUUGUUUUGUUUUGUUUUGUUUUGUUGAUUGUGGAUUAUAGUCAUAAUACUGACUGCAUCUGAAUCUUCAAUGAGUGAAACUUUCAGAAAUGAAGUCAUGAUUGCUAUUACUGAAUAUUUAAAUUAAUAUUGAAGUGAUAUCUUUCAGCAUGGCAUUAAAUCAUUUCAGUUUUUGCUGUGCAUAGCACAGAACAUUUUUCUUGAAAACCUAGCUUCUAAGAUUAGUUUGAAGGCAUAAAAUGCUUCUGCAGUCCUAAUGGGUUAAUCCUGAAUUAGCUAACAAUUUAUGUCAAAUGCACUGGUUCCAUUUGUGGCUGAAGAAAUAAUGUCCAAACAUUAAUAACGAAUACUAUCGAACUGAGCUUGAAUAUAUUUUGAAAAUGUAUGUAACUUAACCUGUUUUGGUCAAAGUUCUAUUUUUUUUUGGUGGGGAGGGGCAGUCUCUUAAAGGUGCAAUUUAUCACUGAAGUGGCAUUUCUGGCAGCAUUUAACAUUUUGUUUUGGAAGGCUAGUGAAUGAUUUCAGGUUUAGGAAGCUUGUUUGUGAAAUAGGGGCAGCUUUUAGUGGAUAAACUGGUCAUUCCUGGUGCAAUUGCAACUUCUCUUUAACCAGACUGAAUGAAUAGCAAGCUCUGGAGCUGAGCUUGGGCUAUGAAACACUAGGAAUGCUUCUCACUUACUCAUUGUUAUUAUACCUCCACUGUAGUAGUAAGCUACAGUCCAGAGCCUUGGAAGAGUUUGCCUCCAUCCUGCUGAUUUGAUCAGUUGUUUUGCUGGAGAUAUUUUCAGCUUUUGUACAUUUUCAAGUAAAUUGCACCUUUUUAAACUGAUCGCGUUAAAGAAUAAUCUCCAAGAUAAACUAUAUAUCUAUACAGUUGUUAGUUUGACAAGAAAUAGAAUACUGUCAGAUGCCAAAGAGAGGUGGGGUUUAUGUUUAAUGAUUAAACAACCAUUAUUUAUUGCUGAUUUACCCUAUGGAACUGUAUUGUUUCUGGUUAUGAAAUAAAGGGAUGAUGCAAACGUG